AUGACCAUCUUCCAAUCAGCGCCAUACGCAUCACCUUCAGCGAGCAAUAUCUUCUGCGCAGAAUAUUGGGUCGCCUUCACUGUCUUUCGCGAAUUAGCAGUAUCAACCACUAGCUCAAGUAUGUGCCCACAUACAACAGCCAAAAAGCGAAUAUAUGAACUGAUUGCAUCUCCAGAAUCUUCCACUAUAUCCACAUCUUCCCGCACAAGUGUCCUAUCUACCACCGCACCAUCCACAACUGGCUCAUCCACAAACAAUUCCCCAACAACGGCUGCACCCACAGUUGCCGCAUCAACCGCAGCCACCCAAACCGGUGAUUCGCAGACCGUGACAGGAUCGCAAUCUAGUCAGAGCCAAGGCUGGAUUGCAGGAGUUGUAAUCGGCUCUGUUGCGGCCACCGCGAUAAUUGCGGGUCUAAUUGGAUGGUUCGUAUACCUCCGAAAGAAAGCGCAGCAAUUAUCCGUAAAGGAAGAGUCUAUCGCUAGACAGAGUCUUCCUUACCAACAAAGCACCUACAAGGCACCGCAAGAGAUAGAUACGGCUUCCAACCCUUCAAAUCCUUUUGUACAUGAGCUUAGCUCGUACGGCUACAAAUAA